UCACUCAUUAAAUUCUUCUCAAUCUUCUUCCUCUCUCUCCUUUCCACAACUCCUUCCCUCCUCCUCUUCUCCAGCACAGAUGCACUCCAUACUGGGCUGCAAUCACCCCACUUUAGCCCUCCCCUGGAGGACCCUCCUGCCUUAUCUCGUGGCUCUGCACCUCCUGCACCUGGGAUCAGCCCAGUUCAGGGUGGUGGCACCAAGCCUCCAUGUCACUGCCGUCGUUGGACAGGACGUCGUGCUGCGCUGCCACUUGUCCCCUUGCAAGGAUGCUGGGAGCUGGGACAUCAGAUGGAUCCAGCAACGGUCCUCUGGCUUUGUGCACCACUACCAAAAUGGAAUUGACCUGGAGCAGAUGGCGGAAUAUAAAGGGAGGACAGAACUGCUCAGAGAUGGUCUCUCUGAUGGAAACCUGGAUCUGCGCAUCACAGCUGUGAGAUCCUCUGAUAGUGGCUCGUACAUCUGUGCUGUGCAAGAUGGUGAUGGCUAUGCAGAAGCUGUGGUGAACCUGGAGGUGUCAGGUCAGUGGCUGGGGUGUCCAUGCAUGGAGAGCUGAAUGACAGCAGCCUUUGGAAGAGGUCGGGGCUGAACUGCUCCAUGAGACGCUGGAGUUGCAGUGUGUGCACGGUGUGAUUUGGGGAUGGAUUUGC